UAGACAGAGAGAUGCAAUGUCAACCUAACUAAUCUUUCCUGCCCCCACUUUCUCCUCUCUUGUUUCCCACUUUUAGUCCUCUCUCUCUCUAUUGCUUGUUCUAUCUGUUCCAAGGAGGAUGACCAGUACUCAAAAUUCGGAUUUCAACUCUCCCGAGAACGACUCCAAGUGGAAAGGACUCCUCACGCCUGCUCUUAGAAAAAUUCAGAAGCAGGUUCAUCCAAGACUAGAUAUUGAUGAUGAAGCCAUUGAUUUUAUUGAGAUGCUCCUCCUACAGCUCCUCGGUCGUAUCUCAGGUGCUAAGCCUCACACAAUACAAGAUGUUGAGACUCACGUAUCUGCAACUUUUGCAUACCCAAUUGACGUCUGGUCUCUCAAUGAAGCUCGAGAGAAACUCCAGCGACUGGCGUCCAAGAAGAGAGGGGUCUUCCUGUUUCCUAUAGACAAGAUCCAUCUACUGAUGAUUGACGUGCUCGGGUAUAAAGUAGAAGUUAAUGUCAUUCAGUUUAUAAUGGCAAUUUUGGACUACGUUGCUGCAGACAUUUUAAAGCUGGCUGGUAAUUUUGUAAAGAACACUCGUAAGCCAGCCGUAAUAAUAAUUAUGAAAGACAUUCAAAUGUCAAUGUCUGCCGAUCCUGCUUUACAAGCUCUUUUUGAGCGACCUCUUCAGUCUUCCUCUACUGAGAUAGUCAACAUUGGAGAUAUUGAGGUGAAGACUGAUCAUAGCUCAAUGAAAUAUGAUGAGCUGAUAAGAGACUUGAUUGAAAAUGAAACUCAAUUCAUUCAACAAUUAAACCUCAUCUUAAAGGUAGUCCAGCCUGUGUUUCUAAAUGACCCAAUGUUGUUCCCGCCAGAUGAAGUUGAAAUGAUAUUUGAUCCAGUGUUUGACGUGUACGAGCUGUCCGUGCAAAUAUUAGCUUCUGUAGAGGAAGUGGUGGAAAUGGCCAGUGAGAUGGAGGAAGGUGCAAGAUAUCCUCAAAUUGGAUUCUGUUUUGAAGAUGUUGCUGAAUGUGAUGAUUUCUCAGCGUAUUUAUAUUACACUGAGAACUAUCAGAAUGCUGUCAUGGCCCUGGAGGAGUUUUUGACUGAUCCUGAAGUUUGCAGCUACUUCAAAGGUUUAUCUGAUAAAGGUGAGCUGCCUAAGCUGUUCAAGGAAGCUGUCCAAUAUGUAUUGCCCAAAGCAUUGUCAGAGCCUAUUUAUCAUUUCUUUUACUACUGCUCAAUUAUGAAGCACAUGAGUACAGCAACUGAGGAUAAUGAUGAUUACAUUGCCUUUGAAUCUGCCAUUAGUAGUACAUUAGUUCAUAAGUUACAAAUUGAAAAAGAGUCACAGCGCUUCCUUGCAAGAAGAAGGGAGGAUAUUGGGUUAUUUGGAAGAAGAGUUGGGUACAGAAACUCAAUGAAGAAACUGAUUGAGCUACAGUCAAAGAUUGAGGGAUGGGAGGGAUCAGACAUUCAUACCCAAUCAACAGAGCUUGUCAAAGAGGGUGCACUGUGUCUCGUAAGAGAAGGAGGAAGAAGGUCGUCAAGACAGAAGAUGGACAGGCAUGUCCUGUUACUGGACGGUUUGGUCCUUUGCUGUAAGACUAAAAAGGCAGCCACUUCUACAUCAUCAGCUGAAUAUAAACUAAAGGAGAAGAUCAACAUGAGAGGAGCGGUCCAACUCAUUGACCUUGAAGACACAGACGAUCUCAAAUUUGCCUUUGAAAUAAGAGAAGGAGACAGCCCUGGGUAUAUAUUUGUUACUGUAUCGCCACCGGAAAAGAAUGAAUGGAUGUGUGCCUUUACUAUACUGCUAGUUCGGAGACCAUUUGAGAGGAUGCUUGAUAGCAAGUUAAGAGAUGAGGAGAGCAAUAUCCCUGUCCUGGUACCAGACCUAAAGCUAUACAAGUUUGCCGAGCCGGACUCUGACGAUAAUAUUAUGUUUGAGGAGGAGCAGCGCGACAAUCAAGUUCUCAUAAAAGCUGGAAACAUUUAUAAACUAGUUGAGAGACUCACUUUCCAUGAAUAUGCAGAUCCAACAUUUGUCCAAACGUUCCUCAUGACCUAUCGCUCUUUCUGUAAACCAGGAGAGCUCCUCAAUUUGUUAAUAGAGCGAUAUCAGAUACCACUCCCUAUUGAUCCUAAUGAUCAAGACGUGAGGAUUGACCCUUUGAAAAGGGAAGCCAUCAAGAGAUUCAAAGCUAACUAUGUAUCGCCGAUACACCUCAGAGUGCUCAAUGUCUUGCAUCACUGGGUUAAGGAUCAUUAUUAUGAUUUUCAGCAAGACCCCUCAGUACUGGAGCAGUUGAAAGAGUUUGUGGGCACAGUGAAAGCAAAGAACAUGCAAAAGUGGAUAGCAUCGAUACACAGAGCAUUGUCUAAAAAAGAAGGAGGAGAGCACAUACCCUCUAGCUCUGAUCAAGUCUUCUUUGAGCCUCCUCCACCAAUAGAGUGGUUCGCCACUAAGUCAAGGGAUGAGUUUCAUAUACUAAAUCUUCAUCCACUUGAAUUCGCUCGUCAGCUCACCCUCAUACUCUCUGAUCUCUUCAGGGCAAUUAAAUCAGCCGAACUUGUUGAUGCCUCGUGGACCAAGGAGCACAAGAAGGAGAAUAGCUCACCGAAUCUCUUAAAGAUGAGCCGCUUUGAGACAAGAAUCACCAACUGGCUUCGUUACCACAUCGUGUUUACCGAAAACUUUGAGGAAAGAGUAGCAGUCUGCUCCAGACUAGUGGAUAUAAUGGAGGAAUUGAGGUCCAUGAAUAAUUUUGCUGCACUCUUUGCCUUCAACGCAGCCUUUCAGUCCUCUCAGGUCUACAGACUCAAGCACACUUGGAAGGAGAUUUCCCCUAAGAGGAAGCAGGUCCUUGAAGAGAUACAGCAAGUUGCUUCAACUGAUAAAGGAUACAAGAAUUAUAAAGAGAAGCUGAGAUCAAUAGACCCACCUUGUGUACCUUUUGUAGGUAUGUAUUUGACCUGGAUCGUAUUUAUAAAGGAUGGGAAUGAUGGGAAAAUCAAGGGAAAACCUGACGAUUUUAUUAACUUUAAGAAGAGGCGUAUGAUUGCUAAUAUUCUUCAUGAAAUCCAGCAAUACCAGAACUUCCCUUAUCGCUUGAGGGCGGAGCCUUCUAUCCAAGACUUCCUUCAGUCGCAUGAUCCAAAAGGAGACAUGGGUGACAAUCAGUAUGAGGAUUACUUGUACGACCAUUCGGUGGAGAUAGAACCAAGAGAUCAGCCUUACAAGAAAGCACCCAGAGAUUAUAAAGGAGAAUUAAAGCCUCCAAGUGCCGGUGGCCAGUUAGGUGGCACCCUAUCCCAUUUCCUUCCUAUUAAUACGAUAAGACGUACUCCUGGAGAUAAGAAGAAGCAAGCCGCCUCUCUUGACGAUGAUACAAUAUCAGUCGUCAGUGCAGAUGCACCAUUACUCCCUGCAUCAGCUUCAAUGAGCAGUAUUGAAGUGGUAGAAGAGAAUAACAAAUCGUUGGGCGAGACUCAGUCGUUAGCUCCAACUCCGCCCCCUAUACCACCUAAACUACCGCACACGUCUUCACUAGGUGCCAUUGAUCUUGCCUCUCCAACUCUCUCGCUUACUCUACCCAGGAUUCCUCCGCGAUCUAAUUCUCCUAAACUCGAGUCUCUUCCAGAGUCCUACUUGACUUAUCGUAAGCCUCAUCGGCUUCCCCCGGAGAUACCGGAUAAUGAUAUCCCACCACGCCCACCUCACAAUUUCCCGCGUGACAACGAUGUAGCUCCACCUGCCAUUCCUCCACACGGGGAGGUACCAAGAUACGGUAGUAGCCCAAUGUUACCACGGGAUAAUAAUUCGUCGCUUCAUAAUCACGAAGUGCCCCAUCGCCUCUCCGUUGAUAGCUUUUCGUCACAGCCUCCUCCUCGCCCACCGAGAUUGAGCACCCCGUUGGUAAUGACUCCGCCCACUCCCAAUAACGAUAAGGGGCUACCCCCUCCGAUCCCUCGUCGCUCUUAUUCUCCUCCCUCUCUCACUCCUACUCGUUCUAACAGAUCAGAGUCACCGCCCCCACCACGCCCACCUCCUCCAGUAAAAUCGGCCACUCCUCCAAACGAUAAAGACAAUUCAAAGAACGUAGUGUUUAAGUAUGAUAAAGAUGAGGGGGCUCCGCCCAUUUUACCACCACGCCUCUCGCCUAAGAUUGGAACUACUAGUACAGACAAGCCUACAGGUGGCCCUCCUCCUAUACCUCCAAAGUCUAAUAGGUGAUAGAUAGCAAUAGUUUACUUUACUUCUCACUCGCAUCCUAUUACUGUUAUAUAUAUAUAAGAACAACUAUUGUUAUUAUUAUUAUUAUUAUUAUUAUUAUUAUUAUGGACACUUCAGUAGAUUUCUUAGUAUCGAUGCUGUAUGUAUCAGAAAACCUAUUCAACAAUGUGUGCCGUAUGAUGAUAUUAUUAUUAUUAAUUAUUAUUAUAAUUCUUAUUAUUAUUAACAUAUUUUGUUGUUGUAAUAAAAACUUUUGUGUUAUCUCUCAUUAGCGUUCUUUUAUAAUCAUAUUAAUUAUUAUUAUUAUUAUUAUUGUUGUUAUUAUUAUCAUUCUCAUUUCUGUUAUGUUCUUGAAAAGUUGAAUGUCAUCUUGUUCUGAA